AUGAAUUCGCAUGUAAGACCUGAGUCGUCAAUCCGUGGAUUCAAAAGACGUAGCAAUAUUUUCCAUCAUGAUACCGUCACUGCAAGGGCUAUUUCCCGUCUCAGUCAAGCCGUCGCUCGAAUGACGGCUAAUGAUACCGCAGGGACGAGUGCAAACUCUAUCGAGGACACCCAUCGAAAAAAAUUUACUUCAUCUACAUCUUUAAUACAACUUAGAGUUCAAACUGUGGGUCUCAAUGAUACUUCAUCGACCUUUGGACUCUUUACUCAAAGGAGUUACUUGCCUCGUGCCACAUCCCCAUUACCACUGCUUACUACUGGGAGCAAACGAAGCUACAGCUAUGUUGUUGGUCAUUCUCGUCCACUUGAUACGCAUUUACCCUUCCCGAGUGCCCUUUCAUCCUCUUCUCGUCGCAUGACUAAUUUAAAUCGUUUCCAUCAGCAUCAACCAAUCAUCUGCGAUGAUGCAACAUCUUCUGAUACAUCUAUGUUAUCAAUUACUCCUCCACGAUCUGAGCCUAGUGUCGGUUCUUCAGCUGAUUUAUCAAGUUGUGCUAAUGAGUCACAUCCAACCGUUUUGCAUUCCUCAUAUCGACAAAAACGUCGGCGGAAAAGAAGGAAAGAUGGGCAAAAUUCACACUUCACAGGUCUUGCUGAUGAUUGCCGAUGGAAUCAUUGGCGUAUCUCAAAUCCUCCAAUCGAUGAUGAUGAACGCGUUCAUCGAACUUCCAAACGGGUAGAUAUACUGGAUAUUGAUGAUGAAGACUCUUCUGAAGAGGGUCCAAUAAAGAAGGCAAGAGUUACGGAGAAGGUACUUGAAAUUCCACCCUCUUUUCAUAGUCAAGGUCGUUGUAAAUGCGGUAAUCAUCAACUUAGGAGAACAGCUUCCCUCUCCCCCAAACGAUCUCAUCGUCAUUUUGGUGAAUCACAUGAGGGUAGUGAAGCUUUAUCAAAGAAGCUUCGAAAACCGACUAAGUUUCGUAAGAGUUUGUUAAAUUCUCGACAAUCGACUCCAUUAAUUAGCCACUCUGUGCAUUGUGAUGGCAUGCCCCAUGACAAUCAAUUCGAGGAAUUUUCAUCAAGUCAGCCCUUGAAUGGCAAUUCUGAUGAAGAUGCAGACGGUAAAUCAUUUUGA